GCUAUAUAUACAUAUACAUAUAUAUACAUAAUCACGCCGGAAAAUUUAUGCCUAUAAUAUUUUACGUAUCAAACUUCGUAAAAACGAUAGAAGAGGGUCGUGAGAGGUCUAGGAAUACUUCCCAAUAAAUUCCAGACCGAUUCGUAGUCACCGGAGCAUCCUAGAGGUCGCCGGAGUUGCAAGCCAUGGAAACGGGUCUUCAGCAAAAGCGGACAAUUGGCCGUAGAUAGGGGUGGAGGAGCUUCGUCUCGACGUGAGGAUCAUUUUGCAACUUGAAUCGUCGAAAUCCGUUACCUAAGGAGAAUUCAAGUGAAGAUCAAGCUAGAGAUUUUAUUAAGGAGAUUAUCGCAAUUUAAGAUAUCAUGGCACCAAGAAGAGACCCUGAUAACACGCCCACCAAUGCUGAGUUGGCACAAAGCGUUCAGCAACUGGCACAAUUUAUGCACACAUUGGGUGCUACUGUGCUCCAGAACAGUCAAAACCAGAACAAUGGGAAUGAUGCCGCAAAACGAGUGGCUUCUCGCAACCCUCCAAGCUUUCAUGGGCAAGAAGAUCCUCGUAUCCUCGAGAAUUGGCUCCGACUCUUUGACAAACUCUUCGACGCGGUGAGCUGUCCGGAAGAGCAAAGGGUUGACAUUGCUGUUUACUAUUUACAGCAAGAGGCGGAUAACUGGUGGGUCUCAUCAGGCCCAACUUUACGUCAACAACCUGACUUCAAUUGGGAAGCUUUCAAGAUUGCAAUGAGGAAACGUUUUUAUCCUGCACACGUUCAGGCCACCAUGCGUGAUGAAUUCAUACAUUUGAAACAGAUGGGCAUGAGUGUCCAGGAAUAUCACAAUAAAUUCGUGGACCUCGCGCCAUUUGCGAAAACAAUAGUGCCUGAUGAAAGCACCAAAGUUGAGAAAUUUAUCUAUGGACUAAACUAUGAUACGCAGAAAAUCGUCGCUGUUUUGGGUUGCCAAACUCUGACUGAAGCUUAUGAUAGAGCUGCAGUUCACUAUCGAGUUCAGCAACUACAAAGAGAGAGGAACCAGAAGAUGAAGAGGGACGAAGAUGGAGGUCGAGGAGAAAAGAGGGUUAGAGUGCACCCACCUACACAGCAACAAGAAGGGAGGAGGAGGAGAGAUGACCAAGGUGGAAGAAAUUUCCACGGUCAAAACCAACAAAAUGAUCGAAGAGUUGCUCCCAGAGAUAGACACUUCUACUGCAAGAGGUGCGGGAGAGAUCAUCCCGGUGUUAACUGCGAUGGAAGCCUGACAAAAUGUUUCAAUUGUGGGAAGCUAGGGCACCGAACCUUCGAGUGUCUCUCAAAGACCAAUGGGGCACCAGUGAACCAGGUGCAAUACCGUGAUGGAGGAAGACCAGAUAUGAACCAAGCUGGGCCAAAUGGAGGACAAAAUAACAACAACAAUGCCGCCGCCGCCAACAACAACCGCAACCCUCGAGGAGGAGGGAAGAAUAAUCGUGGCAAUGGCAAUGGCGGGAACAAUGGCAAUGGCGGAAACAACGGAAACCGUCCGAACCAAGGGCAAAUCGUGGUGAUGAAUCAGGCCCAAGCCAAUGCUAAUGAUGUGGUUUCAGGUACAUUCCUUGUAAAUUCUGAGCCUGCUUAUGUUCUAUUUGAUUCUGGUGCUUCUCACAGUUUCAUAUCUUCUAGUUUCGUUAAGAAAUUGAAGAUUGAACCAACGGCUAGAAUAGACUUGAAUGUAAGAACUGCCUCAGAUAAAUUCGUAACUUGUGGAAAUGUAUACUCCAACAUUUCCAUACUCAUAUCCGAAUCCAACCUACCUGGAGAUUUAAUCCAAUUUGACUUAAAAGAUAUAGACAUAGUGCUGGGCAUGGAUUGGUU